UGAUAUUAAUAGUACCAUUAAAGCAUUUGCCCAUCAAGACAAAUUUACCUGUGACAAGUGGCCCUGUUCCCGGACACUGAUGGCGAAUGUUGCUGGUUCUGGAUGUCACAGCAACAGCUUCUUCCUUUAGAAAAUGAGUAGUACAUUUUUAAGAGUGAGUAGAUGGACACAGUCAAAGUUGUUAUUGAUUUUAAAUGGAUUUUUUGAGAAGACACACGAGAGGAGAAAACUUAACUUAAUUUUAAUCCCACAUUCGCUUCACUGGUCUGAGACCUGCAGCUCUAUCAUCUAAGGUAAGGAAAUGUUAUUUAUUUAUUUAUUUAUUCAUUCAUUUUUUUAAUGUAUAUUCCUGUGUGCAAAGAGCACAUAAUUAAUUUCUCGGAUUGUAUUGCAAUUAUUGUUGCCUGCUUUAACUUGUAUAGCAUUCACAGGAGACAAUAAUAUGAAAGAGAAAGUGUGCAUCAUAUAGGAUACUCAUGCAUGAUUAACGUGCACACUCGCAGUGUGGACAUAAGGCCACCCUUUAAAUAUAUCGUUAUAUGUAGGACAAAAAUAUUAAAAUACUUAACACAAGUCAGCAUCACACAGAGAGAAACCUACUUGGCAUGAUAAGCCCUCAAAGGUAAAAAUAAAUUGAAUUGUGGAAACUUACGUACUCAAGGCGGCCGUCAGCGUCAGGCUGCGGUGACAGUUCAGUUAGAGAGGCAUCAGGUGGGACAGCCUAGGUGCUGGCCGCUGCAGGAGUGCUACAGCUGGCAAAUACUGAAACACCAAAUGUUUCCUGUCCCAAAGACCGAGAAGAAGGCGUACUCCAUCCACUUGUUGGGCAUCCAGUCCUCAAAUAGCCUAGGCUACUGAAGGUGCGUCCGCGAUUAAUGUGAUUAAUGAUUAAUGUUAGAGUUGAAAACUCUAAAGUCCUGUUCACAUCUGUCAAUACCACAGUAAACCCAAAAAGUCCGGGCUGGGACUGUGACUUACAUUAAUGUGGCUAAGGACUACUUUAAGACUUAAAGCAACAAAGACGAAACAUAUAGUAAAAGCACAGAAUGUAAAAGUAAAGUAAAAGACAGAAACAUAUCCUCCACCACCAUGACGCACCCACCCGGGCUAAUGACCUUGAGGUGGAUGGCGAAGGGGGGCACUCAUGCAAUCAUUUGUUAUUAUUUUAACAAUACAUUUCUCCAAUUAUAAAUGUGACUUAAUUAAUUUUAUGAUGGUAAAUGUUUGGUUUUACUAAUAUUUUACUAACAAGUUCAUGUUUACAUCCGAUAAUUUCAGCGCAUCCUCCAACGGUCCCACCUCAAUGACGUCAGUGAUCUCGGUUCUCCGCUUGAGUAACUGAAAGAGUUGGGUGCGAUACAUUUGAAGAAGUGCAAGAACAGCGGCUCAAGGUAGUUAAUGCUUCAGGGAGCUGAUGAAUCUAGGAUGGAUACUUUUGACGAUGCCACUCUAUCGCUGUUAGAGGCUGCCAGUGUUGAUGAGGAGGCUUUGAAAGGCCUUAGCCGGGAUGACCUGAGGGAUCUUUUUCCUGGCCCAGAGAAUUUCCUCAAAAGAAAGAAACUUUGGAAUUUCAUCAGUGAAAAUUGUGAAAAUACAACGGACCAAGAUGCCAACAGUUGUGCCAUGCCACCAUGCCAGCCUCAAACCUCAACCCCCAUAUCUUCUGAGAAAAAAAUGAAAAUGCCAGACCCUCCAGAGUAUGUGGUGUACACUGAUUCAGAGUUAGACAUGGUGCGUAGUCAAUACUUUGCACUGCUCUGCAAUGGAAAGGAAAACAAUUACAAAAUGUCCAAGGAGCUAUGUUGCAGACUUGUAAGGAACACAAUAACCAGUAUGGUUGCUAUCCUGCGUGCUAGUCCCAUGGUGAAAGAAGUCAGAUACCCGUCAAAAUUGGAAAUGAGAGCCAUGUCACAGAAGAUUAUAGACUAUUACCCAAUGUUACGGGAUGAUGAUCCAAACAUGCCAUAUGUAAGUAUUAUUUUUUAUCUAAACCAAAACUGUGGGCAGGUCAGCAACAAGACAAACAACGUAUCUAACAUUCUUUCACCACAGCUGACCAUCUACACCAAAAUGUACAAGCGACUCCAAAAUAUGAGAUCCCCACGGAAGAGGCAAGGCUCUGUACCACAAAGAGGAGUGGCAAAGACAGCUCUCUUCAGUGCAGACAACCAAGACAUAGAGACGGAUUGGACAGACACAAGCAACUCGAGUGAUGAUACCGUACUACUUGAGAGCAAUGAUGACCUUAGCGAGGACAACUCCAGUGCAGCAUCCCCAGCACAACGACCCCCCUCUGUGCCAAGGAAGCCAAAGACCAAAACCUUGCUGCUGCCAUCUGCAUCAUCCUCAGGCUCCUCACUUGGGACUGUGAUCGCUUCACCAACCACGCCUGCAAAGGAUGAUGUUGUCGGCCAGGACAGUCUGAAGAUGCAGGCUAGGCACUACAAAACCUUGAGCAACAUGUACAAUAAGCCAAAUGCAAAACCCAAUCAAAGCGAUGUUGCUCAAGUUUUGGACCUUGAGUUUGAGGCCAGACGGGCUUUCAUUGAUGCAGAUGUUUCAAGGGAAGAAGACCGACCUGCAAAAAUCUUUGAGGCAUAUCCAUGCUUUAGAGAUGUUCGAAAUGCAAUGGAUGAGCUGCGGCGCAUAGUAGGUGGCACCAACAGCAGAUACAUCGAGGAAGUGAAAGGAAGAUGGGCAGACUUUUGUGCCAAGGUGCAGUUCUAUGGUGUGUGGAAGAAAGCCCUGAAACCCCCUUUUCCAUUGGAUGUCCGUGGAGUGGAGUUCAUGCUCGCCCUCUUCAAUGCACUCCCAUCCCUUUUCCCCUCACCAACUUCACCACCAAAGAAGCUUGGGAAUAGCUGUGAGGCACUUCUUCAUGUCCUGAAGUCAGGCGAAGACCCUACCCUGUACCUGGAGAAGCGUCCUCUCUCCUCCCCAGUUCUGCUUUCUGAUGGAUCAACCAUCAUCGUGGCUGUGGGUAACGUACCUGUGACCACCCUCCCUCAGCAAGAUUUCUCAGACGGGAUGUUGGUGUUAAUGGCAUAUUACUACACUUUGCACUUAAGAUAUCCGAAAUGUGUUGCUACUCUCCUGUCAGUUAUUCAAACAGAGGUAAUUGGUGACACAAUCCACGAUCAAGAUGCCACUAGUUCUUACAAGAAAGCAAUGGCUGAUUGGAAGUCUUUCAUUGAGAAGUAGCUGAGUAUUUUGUCAUGUCAGUUCUUUUUAUUGUUAGCUGUGCCAACAAUAGUUUUGUGUGUGUUGCGCAAGCUUAUACAGUGUCACUGAGGUAUUACUUCAUUGAGGCCUGUAUUUCAAAGGAUAUGUUAAAUAAAAAAAAACAUAACGGAGAGGGCUGAGAAUUUUUUUUAUUUUGCUUUUAGAUUUUUUUUUUUCAUGGAAAAGUAUUCAAAUGUCUAUAGCAAC